GUCUCCCCACGCUGCUGCUGGGGGGACUUUUUAACAUAGGCCUCUGUAUGGCCUUUAAUUGAAGCUGCUUACGCUCCGCCACUCUGCCAUGGGCCUCUUGGUCGUCUCCCCCACACUGCUGCUGGGGGGACUUUUUAACAUAGGCCUCUGUAUGGCCUUCAAUUUAAGCUGCUUACGCUUAGCCACUCUGCCAUGGGCCCCUGUACCGCCUCCUCUUGCUGCUGCCAGGUCCAGAGUGUGUCAUGGGUCCCUGUACGGCCUCCCAUUGCUGCUGACUUCAUCGCCAGACUCUGCCAUGUGCCACUUUCAGGUCUCCUUACACUGUUGGUGGGUUCCAUUUUGUGAUAGGGUGCUG